GGUUUGGGACAUUUCCUAACCUCAUUUUGUUUCGUCAACAUGUCCCAAAUUUUUGUAAACAAAAAAUGUUUUCUAAAUUUUUUAAUUUUAAAUUAUAUUUGAGCAUAUUAUUAUGCUCAGUGUGCAUCUUGGGAGACUUCUUAACCAAUUCCGCCAGGAGCGAAAGUAUGACAAAGGCUCUCUUGGAUAAUACGACGCAUGGAAUUGUUGGGCUACUGAGUGAACUUUUUCUCACAAAUCACUUCCGGGAGCGUUUGGAAGUGUGGGAGGGGCCUGCAAUGCUUCUUGUGGCUUACCUAGUGGCUUCAGGGAUCGAUGCUGAUCACUUUAUCACAGCUAGAUCUCUUAGAUUGCUGGAUGCAAUUAAUCUCCCGAAACGUCCCUUCCUGCACUGCUCAACAAUUCCUCUAUUUGUCCUGAUAAUCUUGCUUCUGACUGCGCGUUACUUUAAGUCCCUGACAACUUGUUUGUGGCUCAGUGUGAUAUUCCUGGCAUUUGCUUCUCAUCAUAUCAGAGAUUCUAUCCGCAGGGGGCUCUGGUUUUGCCCCUUUGGCUACACAAAUCCCACUCCCUAUGCUCUCUACCUUCUUUUAACUGUCUUUCUCCCUCACAUUACCAUAAUCCUCCUUUCCCGGAUUAUCUAUCCCAAAAAUCCUGCGACUAUCCCUCAGCCAGAGGAAAUUACUGUCUAGAACAAAUCUUUAAUAUUUUUUUUAAAUACUUGGUAUUUAUUUAACAAGCCGGACGACAAACAUUGGUUAAUGUUGAUGGGGAAGUGUGUAGGAGAGUAAUUAAAGAACUACACAGAUGAUUGAGUUUAAUGUUUAUAAAUAAAUGAUGGUCAAAUUUGCAAAA